AUGGGCUCAACAACAAACAUUCAACAGUGGACAGAAGCCCUGGGAAACAAGGCCGAUGACUGCAAAAUCAACGCCUUGACGGAGGCAUUGGGGGCUGUAGCCCGGGGAGUGGAUCUACGGCAACUGGUUCCCUCGGUUGCGAAAGUUGCGAAGGCCACCAAUCCAGAAGUAGUAUCUCUAGCACAUUUAUUUCUUACAUAUGUGGGACGCAAAGAUCCACAAGCCUUGCUUUUGGCUGUCAAUGCCCUUGAAACUAAGGCAACUCAGGGCAACACCCCCAUGAUCCGUGAGCAAGCCAUAAGGACCUUGGGCGAAAUUUGCACCCCAGAGAUUAUAGCGAACGUAUCUGUAUGUAUUAAGAAGGCUGCAUCUGAUGAGAAUGCGUAUGUUAGGUCUGCUGUGGCGGUUUGCGUGUCCAACAUCUUCAAGCUUGAUGCUCAGAAGGCUUGUGAGGCAGGACUGCUAGACAUUUUGGAUGCCUUGAUCAAGGACCAAUCAGUAGACGUUGCAAUUGUGGCGUCCCGGUGUCUCUUUGCUGUAGACAAGGAGAGGCUGAGCCUCGAUCAGUGCAUAGAUCUCCUUCGCAAGGCCUCCGAUGCGUCACUGUGGAACGUGCUUGCACUUCUAGAGGUCCUUGAUGGCUGGUGCAUCACUGAGGUGGAGGACGCCAAAGCUGUCAUUGAGUGUUUAUUCCUGUUGGUGCAGCACACAGAUGGCUCUGUAGCAAUAUCCUCACUGCGAAUAAUACUAAGAACAAUCGAGGUGCUUCCAGAUAAAAAAUUGAGAGAAGGGAUGGUCAGCAAGUUACUUUUAGUUUUAAUCACCCUUACUCUUUCAAAUUCUUUCGAACUACGUUAUGUAACCCUGAGUAGCCUGCCCGCCCUGAUCCAGCAGUACCCUAGCUUGUUUAAUGGCCAUGUUCUGUACUUUAUCCCGUGCUACACGGACGGAAAGGCGAUAAAGCUGUGCAAAUUGGACAUCCUGUACUAUCUUUCUAAUAAUACAAAUGCGAAGGAAAUCAUUGUGGGAUUGGGGAACUGGGUCUUGAAUGAGAUGUCUCCCGACAUUAUCAGGAGGUGCAUCGAAACCUUCGGUAGGAUUGCCGUCAAACUGUGCCUGUUUGCAGAGCGCAUACUGAAUGUUUUCAAAUCCAUCCUCUCAGCCCUGCUGGGCGAGUCUAUGGACAAGCGGCCUAGCAUGCUGUUCAAUUCAGUUGAUAGCGAACUAUUCAGCUCUUUCCGCAACGACUUGACAGCACAGCGCAUCACAAGAGACGGGAGUGCAGAUUUAGAUGAACUCUCGAUUUCCUCGUCUGUCCAGGCAGUCAUAGAGGAGAUGGUUGUCCAAUUAAGCACGCUCUUGGUGACAUACCCCACUAGUGUAGCUGAUGUGUUACCCUUUUUUGAGCCACUUCUCUACUUAGUCAGGACAGAGAGGGGGAUAGAAGCAUCAUUGAGCAUAUUUCAGUACUAUCAAGCUAACAGGCAGCACACACUAGAGCUAUUUACUAUGAGUUUGGCAAAAUCAAGCAAAUUUAGCAAGUAUAGCCCGGCACUUCGGCUUAUGCUUCUUCACCUGCUACUUCAACGGUACUUCAGUCUAUUAAAAGAUAGCCUAAACGAGCAUGAAGAAUUCACGUCCACUGACUCGGUACACGAUACGGUGGCCGUUUUGACGGAUGUAUUUGCUAAACUAAUGGUUAGGGACAGCGAACCCAUUGUACAGCUACAAGCAGGGCUCUACUACAAUAUCUUUGUAGUGCUCAGGCAGGGGGCCCAGGCAGAUGCUUCCGCAUCCAAUUUAGACGAAAUAUUGUUGUCUGUUGAGCCUCUUCUCCACCACAAUAUAACUCUUUCAAAUGGCUCCGAAUCAGACAUUAUUACACACGACCCUGUGGGCUCUACAACUUCUCCUACUGCACAACGGUUGCGGGAUACGCAGCUUUUCGGCACGGAAGCACAUCGCAUUGCUAAUUGUUCUACAGUGCUUAAGUUCGUUACUGGCCUGAACAGAAAUUGA